CCGAUCAUACGAAUAGAAACAAACGAUAUACAACCGUUUAGCGUCGUGCAGACGUCACCCGUGUUAGCUUUUGAUUCGGGCCCCAAGUUUGAGGCGAAACCAUUGGAACUGGACUUAAGGAAUCUUCCAAGUGUUGACUCCCCUGAGCUGGACAGUUCUUUGCGAGACUUGCUCAUGGAAAACAUGAGAUCUUCUAGUACUGUUAACGAAGAUAACGAUGAUGCUGUCUCGGAAAUUUCAACCUGCAGUUCGGUCGUGACUCUGGAAACAGUUGAGGAAGGUGAAUCAGGGAACCUUCCGACAGUUCACCGGAAGACGUCGAGAACGUCUUCGUUUACUGCCGGUUCAAAGACGAGACCUUCCGAAGGAAGCACCAGUAGCUAUCAUUCUUCCAGUGAAGCUGAGGAAGAAGAUGGCAUAAAGACAGCAAUGAAAAAAUCCGCGAGGAAAAUUUCAGACCUGUUUACGUUUAAUGCGCCAAGUUUUAGUGGAAACGGAACAAAUGCAGAUGAAAUUGAGGAAGCGAGACCGCCAGCUGGAGAAAGGAGACGAAAGCUGAGCAUUACAAGAAGAAUUUCACCGUUAUCUUUGCAUGGAAUUUUUACUGGGAAUCAGUCCGGCGUAAGCAACAACAAACAAGACCCUACUGUAGAAAAAACCGAAAGCAGCAAAAAGACAAGGAAACUUUCAUUAACAAUGUUCAACAAACCUCCAUCUGAGAAGGAAAGGAAAAGAAGAAAUACUGACCCGCAACUACCUCCCAAUCAACAAAUCAACACAACCAUUGAAAACGAAGAAAAGAAAAACAAGGACAUAUCCUCGAUACGAAAAGAAUCUCAAACCAAACCCUUGCCAGAGCAGGCCUUGUUUAAAGAGGAAGAUGUUAAAAUUCAUGACCUUAUUAAACACGUUCUACGCGCCCACAUGCUCUCAAUAAAGGAAUACAAGCGAGAAACGUGUGAUCGCGUUUGUAAAAGCAUCUGCAGAAUCCUAAAAACUCUUGUGUCUUCCAUGAAAGCAGUGGAUAAUGUACCGCAAUGUAAAGUUGUGUGUCAAGCCUACAUUGGUUCAGUGAGAGAGCAAGGAUUGUUCGCAUCAGUUCAAACUCUGUGGGAAAAUGAAAAAGACAAUUUCGCUGUAGCGAGUUUUAGAAGUGAUUCUUUAUUUGGUUUUGCGUCGGUUAUGACGACAACGCUGUAUUGACUCCAUAGCUUGACCGGCACAGCCUCAGCUGUAAAAUGCAUCAAAUGAUAAUGGUGGUCAGAAUUUAACCCAGGGAACAUGUUAAGUGCUGAGUUUUCCCUUCACUCGCCAACUGAAACGCUCGUGCCGUGAGAGUGUUUAACAACAUUGUAGGCCAACUGAAUUUGUAGGUAGUACAAAGCAUUGAGGGUUAAUUAUUGCUCUAUUUAAAGAUACAUCGAUCUAUUUUUAGUCUCACUAUAGAACUCUAAAUGACACUUUUUCAUCAACGGAAUCUAUUUACAAAUGUUGUGUCAUUCGUGGUAAUGAUGGAAUAGACACCUUCUUGAAAAAGACAGGCCGAUGUUUUCAUUCUUUACAAUUAAGAGAUGAUAGCCAUCAGGAAGUACCCUAAUGAUUAAAAGUUCACCAAAAGUAUUGAAAUGUUUUGCAAACACAAAGUUAUAUGAACUGAAAUAUAGCCCAACCCAAUUGAACGCGAAGUAUCAGCGUUUCCUACAUUGAUGAUUCUUGACAAAAAGCGCGUUGUUUGCUUAACCCAGUGUUGCCAACAAAUAAAGGCACGACGAGAAACAAGCAAUUAACAACAAAUCACUACAAUUUAGUGAGAAACACAACUGGCCAGAGGCAAACCACUCCUGGUAAAUUCGGGACUCACCGAGAACAAAUCCAGGGCGGGGAUUGAACUCGCGGAGCCUCCGGAUUACAAGUCCAGCGCUCUCACCGCUCGGUCACGCUGCCGGUCUUCUGUGAACUCUUUGUCUCUUAUUCUCUCCUUAAAGGAUCACACAUUUCUGUGGUAAAAUAAACGCUGUUAAUUCUGGGAUAAGAAGUAAAAUAAUUGCAGGAGAUUCUUCAGUACAGCAACCAGGAAAAUCACCACGGCAAUGUCCAUUUUUAAAAGUGCUCCAUUUUGGUGUUAGCAUUUGUUUGUUUCAAAUUUUCUCCGGCCAUAGCACCAAUGUAGGAUUUCCCGGCUUUGGAAUAAGUUGUCUCCCAGGAAGUUCACUCUUUACCUCCCCCCCCCCCCCCCCUCCCCCGUUACCCCCCUUUCCAGAUGUGUAUGUAAGGCAUGUUUUAUUUUAUGUAAUUCCGCCUUCUUUUUGCGGAGAAUUGUAUGAUAUUAAAUUGAUUCGGACAAUAAGUUAAUGGUAGUCGGUAAGAAGAAAGCGUUUUUAAAAUGUCCUUUAAAUAGCUGGAUGCACUACUGAAUAUCACGAUAACUCAAAACAUGCCAGACAUCGUAGUGACGUGAAUAACAAAGAAACGCCGGCAGUUGACAAAAAUAUGUGUUUAUAUACACUGCUAAGGCAGUAAUGAUAAUAAUCUGACCAUUAUUUUAUCAACUUCACCGAAUACAUCACAGGAACUGUAUCUCUCAAACAGUCAAUUGACAGAACUCUUUAAUCAUUGAAGACCUAUUCAAUCUUUCUCUGGCGCGGAAAUUAAUACCGACUGUACUAUUCGGCCACAAACAUUAAUCGCACCGUUUCGAUUUUCUCAUCAAUAUGUCAGUUUGAUUCUUUAAUUAAUAUCAGUUAUAAUGAAUGACUGUCGUGUGAGUUGUAAUUUAAUUUACUUCCAUUGGCUGUUGUUCUACCCCUUAUCACGUACUAGGCCGUUAUUCAGUUUUUCCUAAAAUUCUUUUGAUUAGUGCUGUUUGUGAUAGGCCUGUAUUUCGCGAAGACCCUCGGAGAUUGCUCAGGUGUCCGCUCGCUAGAGAACGUGAUAUGAGGACUCAAACACUGCAUUGAAAAGAUCGGGAACGGGGGAAACAUUUGGAAUACCCCAAGAGAGUAUGACGAUAUACGUUUUCAUUAAUUUCUUUACUUGAGUGGACCAAUUAAUCAAACUACUUUUUAAGAGGUCAAAUGAGGAAAACAACUGAGCUCUGUACAAGCAAACCGAUUGAAAGAAAUGCCAAAACAGGUCUUGCUGAUUUUCUUGUAAUUAUUUAUACGAUAAACUAACCAACGAAGGAUCCAAGCUGUUAAGCCACAGUAUUAAGGCUGCUUCGUAACACUGUAGUUCCCAGUUUCUUUCCUCCCUGAAUAUUCGACAAUGUUAAAAUAAAACAAUAAAACAUGCAGGUUUGUAACGAUAGAAAUUACCAUCUAAUGCAUUCACUUUUUUAGGUGUCGUCGUCAGCUCAUAAUGGAGGUGUUCGCUUUAUGUAGAAGGAUUCAGUUACAGUAAAUAAGGGAAAUUAAUUUGAGAGCUUUAGCUACAGUGUCCGCCGCUCACAUGUAAUACGGUGUCCUUCACUCUAGCUACCUGUUAUCAGUAUUUGCUAUAAAAUCACCAGGAGCAUUUUUUAAUAUACAGAGCAACCAUCUUUCGUGCAACCAAAAGUCAUGUAACGUUUCAAAACUUCCUUUUCAUGUUCAUGCUGGCAUCAAGAUUUUUUUUGUCUUUCUGUAACCGUUGAAGUCUUACGUCUUAUUCAACUGCAAAUCCAAGCAAGUGGCAAGGAAAGAUUUAAAAUCAAGUUCAAGAACGUCAGCUCCUGACUAGAGCCACAUAGUUAAGGGACAGUAUCACGAGAAGUCUCCAAUGGUUUUUAGUGAAUUACGCUCGAGUUUUAAAAGCAUGUUCACCGAUGCAAAGAAUUGUUCUUAAACUACGAGAGAAAGAUUUUGAUUCAUUCUUCAAGGCGGGAUUAGAGGAAGCAGACCUGACUAACAAUGGUCUCCAUAAGAGGGCCUUUUCCGAAAACAUACAACCAGUAAAAAAAGUUGGUUUAAGUUUUGGCAUUAAAUCCACUCUCUGCCUAUCCUUAGAUCCUCUGAAACAUCUUGAAUGUAGUUAUUGACAAUUUUCAACAAUACUGCCAUUAGAGGAACAACCAUUGAUUCAAGGAUACUGCCGCAAGGAAUCUCCGCUUUUCUGUUCAAUCAAGCCUACUUAUUUCUGUGUAGACCCCCCGGCAAGAUUCUAAAAUGCUUCAGUUCAUCUGAAACAUUUUUUAAUUAUUUCAGGGUUUGGCAAAAAAAAGAAAUGACGGUAAACUUGUUUAUAGUAGCCACAGAGAAACACUGUAACCCGCAAAGUAGAGUGGUAACUAAGACAACUAAGUGGUACAUGCCUGUACUAAAGCAUACGCGCUUCAGAGUCUCUGCCCCGGUUGUUCAAACGCUAGAUAGAUGGCGCUAUCCACCAAAGAUAAUAACCAUCCAGGGGAUAAGUGUUAGUCAGUAUCCAGCGGACAGUAGUGCUUGGCACCUUUUGGGGUCAGCUGUCCAGUCAAUUUCUAACCGUACUCAGGCAAUGGGCUCCUGCCUCACUUCAUUUCUUGAGCCGGUUGAUCUUAUUGUGAUGUUCUGUGAUAACUCGUUUACGUGCAGAUACAUAGACUACGAGUAGUCCCCCAUUUUUCCUCAGGGAUAGUAGAGCGAGCGAAACGCGAGCGCGCGUGAAAAUCACCCCACGCGAGAAAUGGCGACACGCGGAAAAAUCGGAUCGGCUCCUGUACUCGUAGUCCUCGCAGUCUAGCAGGACAUAUCACAUAUCAAUCCUUGCGGAGUCAGUAAGAAGAAGUUUCUCCAUAGUAUUUCCUCGCUUAUAAAAUGACAUUGGGUGUAUUCUGUGUAUGGUUCAAUAUCAUUCAGGUGGGCGAUCAUGUUGAUCAUUUUUCAAUUUGGUUUCUCACUUUCUCGGCAGUCAAGCUGUGAGUUGGAAGAGCUUAUCAACCACAUCCUGUCUUAGCCACACCUUAAUGCGGCUUUCACUUUUUGUCGAUUUGCUGGGUUUGUAUAGAUAUCAGUUGAAUAAAACUCCUUCUUAUUUAUUAAUAGUGAUUAACGUGAGUCUUUGUUUUUAAUUAACAAUUCGUUCUCUGUCGCAUACUAUCACUGGAUUUAGUUCCUUGCCCGCAUAAACGAAGCGUUUAAAACCUUUUGUGUUGACAAAUUAUCAUGUGAAUACAAACAUGAAUCACUGCAUGUAUUUAUUUCUAGUGAAAAGAAAUCGUGACAGUAGUGUUCAGCUGUUAUUUCUUGCCUUCAAUCGAACCGUGAGGAAGUAUGCAUUUAGAUCUAUAAAUAUCAAGCACGCAAAGUAGCAUUGCGGCUAUUUUCGUUCGAUUGCGAGACAGCCCUACGAGGGUGCUGGAAUUACCUCGAUUAGAUCUCGAGAAAAUACCGGUAGUUCGACCAAAUAUUUUGCGUCUUAAGUAAGUUAAGAAAACAAUUGAGAUUGUUCAGUAAGAAAUUCAAUUCACAGCUGGAAUCCAGAAUGUUACGAAAACCUUUCUAGUCACAGUUCUGUAACAGCGCACUCUUGUGUAACUUGUGAAGGCGUGCAGGCAGAACAUGUUUUCAGGAUUUGUAUAUUUUCAGGUUUGUAACUUUUACCCAUUUGUAACUGAUUAACAGCCUCCGUGAGUCUCUUACCCAAGGACCGUUGCGUGUUUAUUUGAGGGAUUGUCGGUCGUUGACCCGUACUUUGUUGCCGGAAGCGUCUUAAGAAGAUUUCAGCAGCGAUAAAUCGCUGUAAAUUAAGACCUUAUCAUUCAGAGUGCCGGCGGUAAGUCAUGAUAUAUACAGCACCUAAUCACAAGACUUUGAACAUAUCUGUAUGUGCUGUCGUCUGUUAAUUAUCUCUAGAAGAGUAGAAAAGGCUGACAUCAUGCGUAUUUUCUCAUUACAGAUUCAACACCGUGUAUGCUAAACAUGGAUGAUACAAACGGCUCAUGGAUUCCGCGCGAGCGACAAAAUUCAAACCCAUUUCGUUUCACCUCUGGUCACGAAGAGGUGCCGAGGAACCACGAGACAGAGAAAAACUGCAACAGUGCUCCAUUCAAAGUGCCUGAAAAAGAAGCAAAACCAGCUCCAUCUCCCAGACCUGCUAGAAGAUCGAGGAAGCUUUCUUUAUUUUCGUUUCACUUCAACUCCAAAGAAAAGGAAGAUAAAGGGAAAACUCGGCGUGCGUCGCAACCCUCCUACAAUUACGGAACGACUCCCUCGCCUACAACUCUCUCAGCACCGAUAGAACUUUGGUCGCGCGAAAAUACUGUGAGUACUGGUUCGCUGAACAGUUUCAGUAGUCUAGAUAGUUCACCCACAAAUUCUAGGAAAUGUUCUUCAGUAACUUGCCUUGUCGACAGAGAGAACUUGGUCAUCCAUGACAUCAUUCAAGAGACACUCAAACUACAGUUUGAGAACGUUAUAGAAUAUAAGCGGGAGAUUUGCGAUCGCUUGGCGAAAAAUGUUUGUCAGCUAGUGAAACGACGUGUGGAGGUGAUGAAAGAGGCCACGAAACUACCCUGCAAAAUUGUGUCUGUGGUGUAUGUUGGGGCUAUCAGAGACUACGGGAUCGAGGUUUUAAGUCAAGCUUUAUUAGACUCAGAUAAAGACAAUUUUACGGUUGCAAGCUACAGGAAUGGAAAAGUGUUUGCUGUUGGCGGGAUUAUGGUGAUUCCGUUGGACAAUUAG